AACGCAUUCAUUUCUCUCUUUGUCGUCUUCGAAAACCAUCAAAAGCAGGUGCACCCCCCUAACCUUAACCUUUACUUCACCUGCCCCAUUACCCCCAUCCCUUCUCUUCCCACCAAAACCCAACUCUCUCAAUUCCGUUACCGUUAUCUUCUCACUCCCAUUUAUUUAUUCUCCUUCUCUUUCUCCCCUUUUCCUCCUCCUCUAUCAAGCGCCUCACUUUCUGCCACCGCCACACACCUCCCACAAAACCCUCUUUCCCUUUCUUUUUCUUUUUCUCACCGAUGAAGCGUCCACUUCCAUCCGCCACCGCCCACCACGACGAGACCAAGAUGAAGAAGGCCAAGGCCGUGUUGGUGGAGGAUGAAGAGGAGGAGGUGGAGCGCGUGGAGGGGUUGGGGCGUUUCGACGACAACCUGCUGUUCGAAGUUCUGAAGCACGUGGACGCGCGUACGCUGGCGAUGGCGGGGUGUGUGAACAAACAGUGGCACAAGACCGCGCAGGAUGAGAGGCUGUGGGAACUGAUCUGCACGAAGCAGUGGGCAAACACUGGAUGUGGGGAACAACAGCUACGAUCGGUGGUCCUUGCCCUCGGCGGCUUCCGUCGCCUUCACGCGCUUUAUCUCUUUCCUCUCUCCAAGCCUCAAACAUCUUCUUCAUCUUCAUCAUCCUCAUCAUCAUCUCCCUGGGGUCCCACCAUCCCCCAGGUCAUUCGAGCGAAGCCCCUUCGUUUGGGGAAGGACGAGGUUCACCUCUCUCUUUCGCUUCUCUCCAUUCGCUACUACGAGAAGAUGAAUUUCAAUAACCGGACCAGAUGAUUCCUUAUUAUUCCACUAUCCAUGAUCCAUAAUCCGUAAUCCAUUCGAUGUGUUACCUUUUUCUAAACCUAAUUUCGGCUUUCGACCCUUUUUUUUUCUUCUUUUUAUUUGGUGCGAUUUUUAGAUUUCAGUUGCCAGAUCUGCUUUUAAUUCAGGCAAUUAGUCUAAGGUGGAUGUGUUUUGUAACCUGUAUGUAUGUACUUUGAUUUGAUUAAUAAUAUAAUAUAUAUGAAUAUUGGAAUGUAUUUGUAUC